AUGUCUGUUGGUUCUAUUGUCAGGUGGGGUGUAGAUUUGACGCUGGUAGCCAUAGUACUUGCGUCAUUGCGCCGCAGUACAGGAUUAGUGCUCCGGUAUGAGACAAUGGGUUUCAGUGGCUGGAUCCAUGGUUAUCUGCAAUGGGGGGAAAUGUGUUUUGGAUAUUUGAAGAGCUAUGUAAAACGUAGUCCUUGGUUUAGGCCUCAGGUUACAUAUGAUGGGUUUAAGAAAAUCGAAGAAAUCGAGUAA